CCUUUGGAAUAGGACAGGCUGCCUUUGACUUGAGGGGCACAAUAACUGAAAUCCCUUUUUGCUGGCUCCAAAAGUAACGGGCAUUGCUAAACCUAGCUGGGAGAUCAGUGACAGGAUAAAGAGAAGAACCAGGACUUAUACUGUAGGCUAAGACUGCUUGGUGCUGCAGAGAGAGGCUCUCUCCCCGCCAGCCCGCCUGAAGAUCAGUCUGCACUGGAUCGUGAUGGGUGGGGGCGUGGCUGAGAGGUUCCUAGUCUCCAAGAGACUUUCUAUACCCAGCCCCGGACGUUUCCUUCCUCCCUGCGCCUCGUCUUGGGUUUCCAGACCCUCCCUACGCCCGCCUGGGCCCUGCUCUCUCUGUAGGGGUGGGAUGCGCUUUUCGCACCCUGCUCCAGCCGGGGUGAGUGAGCCCACGCUGGCGUCUCUGGGUCCAGCCCUGUUUGCCCCGCCCCGCGCGGCCAUUGAGCUAUCCCCGCAGCCCCGCCUCGUCGGAGCCUCCGCUGCACAGCAGCCACCGGGGUGCCAGGCACGAGCCAAGAGGGGGUGGUCCUACCACCACCCUGCAAUAGGCAUGCGCGGAUUUACCCCACCCCUUCCAGGCACCAGCCAACGAACGCUCCUGGUGUUGCGUCUUCGGCCAAUGGCGCCGCGCCUCAGUGUCGGGUGCGGUUGCUAAGGGCAGCGGCGACGGCCGGGGCUGAGCGCGAGUGGCCAGGAUCCCAUAGCAACGGCGGGGGUGAGGAUGGAGAGCGCGGGGGACCGGGCCGGGCCCCGCGGGGGCAGUAUUUUUGAAGAUGAAAGUGUGAAAUUGCGACAGCUGAAACUAGAGAACCAGAGAGCUCUUCUGGAGAAGAAGCAGAGGAAGAAACGUCUUGAGCCCUUGAUGGUGCAGCCAAAUCCAGAAGCAAAGCUGCGUAGAUCAAAGCCCAAAGGGUGUGAGGAGCAGACUCCCUUAGUAGAGACCCACACCCCUUUUCACAGCGAUGUUGUCCUGCAUGGCAUUGAUGGCCCAGCUGCCUUCCUGAAGCCAGAAGUCCAAGACUUAGGGACCAAACUCCAAAUCCUCUCUGUAGGAUCUUCCACAACAGAAGAUGAUGCAGAUCAGGACAAUGAUGAAGAGACCCUCAUAGAUAGAGCUGCCAAGCCGGAUCUGCAAGAAAUCCUACAGAAACGAGGGAUCUCAGGCAGUUUGAAUUUCGAUGAGGACACAGAAGAGGAGGAAGAAGCUGGAAAGAGGUCAAGAUCUCGUUCACCAUAUUCUGAAUCUGAGAGGCCUAGUUCCGCAACCAGCCAGAAAUCUGCUACAGACACAGGUGCUUCCUGCAGUGCAUCCCCAGAGUCAGAUGCACAGCUGGGAGAAGUGGAGAACUUGGAGGAGUUUGCAUUACGCCCUGCUCCCCGUGGCAUUACAGUGAAGUGUCGAAUCACUAGAGAUAAGAAAGGAAUGGACCGAGGCCUCUUCCCCACCUACUAUAUGCACCUGGAAAGGGACGACAACAGAAAGACGUUCCUUCUUGCAGGGAGAAAACGGAAAAAGAGCAAAACAUCCAAUUAUCUCAUUUCAAUUGACCCAACAGAUUUAUCCCGGGAAGGGGAAAGUUUCAUUGGAAAACUAAGGUCCAACCUUAUGGGAACAAAAUUUACUGUCUAUGAUCAUGGAGUUAGUCCAAUAAAGGCACAAGGGCUAGUAGAAAAGGCCCAUACCAGACAGGAGCUCGCAGCCAUUUGUUAUGAAACCAAUGUCCUAGGAUUCAAGGGCCCCAGGAAGAUGUCCGUGAUCAUUCCAGGGAUGAACAUGAAACACAAGCGGAUUCCAAUCAGACCACGAAAUGAACAUGAGAGUUUGCUGUCAAAAUGGCAAAAUAAAAACCUGGAGAACCUGAUUGAGCUGCACAACAAGGCUCCAGUCUGGAAUGAUGACACUCAGUCGUACGUCUUGAAUUUCCAUGGGAGAGUCACUCAGGCCUCGGUGAAGAACUUCCAGAUUGUCCAUGAGAAUGACCCUGACUACAUUGUGAUGCAGUUUGGUCGUGUAGCAGAAGACGUGUUCACUCUGGACUAUAAUUACCCUUUGUGUGCCCUCCAGGCCUUUGCCAUUGGACUCUCUAGCUUUGACAGCAAAUUGGCAUGUGAAUGAUGGAGACAGCGGACUUGGACGUGGAAUCAUGAGAAGUAUCCUGGGGACAGAAGGGGAACUGGAGACGAGAGAUCUGUGGCCUUAACAAGAAGCAAAUAGUAGAUUUGGGGGCUUUACAGUAGCUGAUAGGGACCAUGACCCUUUUGGAAAGGAGAUCUCUGCAUGUGCACUGGGGGAAGGCAAGGAUAAUGUGUGAUGUCUUUGUUAUCAGUAUUAAUGCUGCAUUGAGACUCUUGAUGGGAGAUGAUGUGUGAGAGCUAAUCCUGCUCCUUAGCAGCUAAGCAUCACUGUGACUAGGAACUCCUGCAGUGGGGAUCAGAUUAAUAGUGCUUUAGUGCCCAGGAGCCUUGGAUCUCACAGCGCGCCUGUGCUCGUGCAGCAUAUAUUAAGAUUAAUUCAGAGAAGGAAGGACAGGUACAGUCUGUGCCAUCUCUUACCCCGCAGAGUAACUCUCCUGUCUAAGGCAAAGUUCAGAGAAAGAAGAGAGGGUAUAAGCCUGAUGCCCCUGUGCAACUGUAAGCAGUGUUCAGUGAACAAAGAGUAGGAACAAGCCCCAUGCUUCUAUAGCCACCCUUUUACUCUGCAGGAUAAUUCUCGUUCAAGGCUGAUGGAUCCCAGUUCCUGUUAAUUGUUCUGCUGCUCAUUACCCUAUCACUACCCGUUUACCAAAUAAAGAUCCCCCAUCAUUAGGAAUGUGAGAAAACCUCCUAUGGUCACUUCUAAGUGAGCAAUAUUUAUAUUAUGACCAUCACUGUUUCUUUUAUUCCUAACAGCUCUAAAAGUGAAAUUGAAUAGAUCAUUGGACCUGACAGAAACUGGCUGAGAAGGGCAUGCCAUUGACUAUUCCUGAAAUGCAGCAUUCUGAUUGACUUAAAUACUAGAUUCUAUAGGUCAAUCAAUCAGAAACAUUUUUUUCAAAUUUCUUUUAUGAAUAAAGUUUGCUGCAUUUUAGGAAUAAACUGAUGUCUGAAGCUUUUCUUUGUUUUGUUUAACUUUUUUCUCAGCAAAUAAGAGACUCUCCUGCAGCAGUCUGAAUGGCUGAUUCCAAUUGCAUGUGGUAUAAUAACCAUAGAUAUCUCAAAUCAUGACCAGUUCAGUCAGUUUUAUAUAAUCAUUUAAUCUGAAUAUGAGAAGAUUAACCAAAAAAUAAGAUUAUAGACAUUUUCCAUGGCACAAGGAAAGAAGAAUAUUGCAACAAGAGUGGCCGAAGUACUGCUCAUCGAGCUCCAUAAUGUGUCCUGCAGCAGCCCUCAUUUUUAAUUCUGGGUUGCAGUCAGUGGAGACCACAAGUCCCAGCAUGCAAUCCUCCUUGAUCCACCAGCCUCAACUUGCAUCAAAUUGGAGCACUGCAUAUUGAGACCUAUAGGUUACAUGGGUUGCACAUCUGCUGUAUACUAAAAAAGAGGGCAGCUAUCAUCCUGUCCAUUUCAUGUUCUUUCUGUACAGCUGUCAGGAUCUUUUCUUUCACAUUCAUUAUGUACAGUUAAUUGCUCAUGUGUCCCUCUGUUAAGCAAACUGUGGGUGUCCCCUUUUUUGCAUGUACUGAUCUUUUUUUUAAAGGUCAUUGUCAGCCCACAAGUCCUAUCUGGAUGCUCUCAGCAACCGGACUUUCAUCAUUAUGAAAGUCUUUGCAUUAUAUGUCACGUAAGUCUCUAUACUGGUGAUAUUAUCUUGCUGUUUAAUUUUCCAAAACAUCAAACUUUGUGUAGACAUUUUCUGAUGCCAGAAAAAACACUUCAAUCAUAAUCACAUGUAAUCUCUGUAUUUAAUUGUAAAUGGUGAAUUGUUGCUGACAGGUCCAGUUCUAGAAAAUGCUUAUCUCACUAGUGCCCAAGCUACAGUGGGUGAGGUGCCAUUGCAUUCAAAGCAAUCUCAUCAGCAUAGCACUCAGCAAAGAGAGUUUGCGCCAGGUACCUCUUUUGUGCCUUCAUGCACUUCCCGCGUGCAUCUCCCACUUGUGCUUUCUUGUGCUCCCAACUGACUGCUCUGCACUCCCUGUAUCUACCCAGAAAAGCCAAGAAACCAGUUCAUAAUGCCUCUGUCACAAUUACUUUGUAACUAGGACCAGAUGUAGAAAAUUAGUUUAUGUUCGCCUGGGGUUAUUUGUAGGCAGUGCAUUAAUUGCUAGUCCAGAAAAAGUUUCUUUGUGCUUAGCAAGCCACCCUGCAACUGCCUGGUUCAUCUCUCCAACUGGGCCAGUCAGCAAGGGCUCUCUCAAACUAAUUCAAGGUGGUAAACCCAUGGGUGAGCUUAAUUGACUAUGGCUAAGUCAGUGCCUGUGAUUCUUUAGGUUUCCUCAUCAAGUUGUACAGACAGAUGACCGAAUUUCUUGUCUCUUCUGAGGUGCUUUCUAUACUGUGGGCAUGUGACCCUUCACUUACCUUCUAGUAUUGAAACUCUUUCGUCUGUCUCAGUUUUUGAGGUGGUUGUUUUUUUUUUUAAAGGGACUGUACACAAUGAGCUUGCUCACACUAGCAUUAAAGUGUGUUAGCCACAACUGUGUUUAAACACAGGUUAUUGCUAGCAGGUCCGAGCCUGGUUUCUCUGAUAACCUCCAGCAGGGAAUUUUUCUAAAAAGGGUGAUAUUGUUGUGCUAGGAAACAGUCCUAUCAGCCUUAUUUUCAGACAGAAAUCCCAGUGCACGCUGCUCAGGGAAAUGGUACGCUCUAUCACAUUUAAAUCUGACUCUGGGUAUCUUGGUGUCAACCCUAAUGUGGACAGAAGCAUGGGUCUGUUUCUUUUGCCGUUUGAAGAGGCAAUAGCAAUGCAGGAGGUGGGCAUUUACCUCUUCUCAGCUGCUUUCAGACAUUUUAUAUAUGGGAGGCUUCAGUGCCCUGCCCCAUUCUGUUUGGGUUCUUCACUCACUCUGUUGCUGCUCUGUGUGCCUAAGGUCCACCUACAUGACUGAGAGGCUGGCUUUGUGUGCUCCCUGCUGCUUCCAAGCUUUUUUUUUGCUCUGCAGAAACGUCCAGUGCUUUUUGGUCAAACAUUGUUCUACAUGAAUUGUAUUUAUAACUUUUGUACUCUAAUGAAAAUAAAGUAAUUUAUAAAAAACAAAA